CGCCGGCUCCCCCGUGUCCGCCGCGGCUGCUGUCCCCCGCGCCCGCCACUUCCGGGGCCGCAGUCCCGGGCAUGGAGCCUCUAGUGUGAGGCCCCUCCGGCCUCGGGACGCCCUGCCCAGCCCGGCCGCCACUCCGCGCCGGCCCCGAGCCCGCGGAACCAUCAGAAGGGCCCCGUUCCCUUUGCCCCCCGCCCGCCCCGCCGUGAGGGAGUCACUUGUCUCGGUGGCAAGAACCAACGCGUUUUCCAGGAGCUGGGACUGAAGCCCUGGAGGUCUGAGUCCCACGCCUGCAGCUGAAAUGGAGGCUUUCUGGACCCUCUAGAAGGCUCCCCCACCCUCCUGAGGUCAGCCGGGUGGUUGAUGCGGAAGGUUAAGAAGCUCCGCCUGGACCACGAGAACACAGAAGGUUGGAGAAGCUUCUCGCUGAAUUCCGAGGGGACAGAGAGGAUGGCCACCGGGGCACCGGUGUCCGACCGGGGUGACACGGUCGAGAUGGAGGACCCGGCAUCCCGCUUCCAGGUGCAGAAGCACUCAUGGGACGGGCUCCGGAGCAUCAUCCACGGCAGCCGCAAGAACUCGGGCCUCAUCGUCAACAAGGCCCCGCAUGACUUCCAGUUCGUGCAGAAGACAGACGAGUCGGGCCCGCACUCCCACCGCCUCUACUACCUAGGGAUGCCUUAUGGCAGCCGCGAGAACUCGCUCCUCUACUCAGAGAUACCCAGGAAGGUCCGGAAAGAGGCCCUGCUGCUCCUGUCCUGGAAGCAGAUGCUGGAUCACUUCCAGGCCACGCCCCACCACGGGGUCUACUCUCGGGAGGAGGAGCUCCUUCGGGAGCGGAAGCGCCUGGGGGUCUUUGGCAUCACUUCCUACGACUUCCAUGGCGAGAGCGGCCUCUUCCUCUUCCAGGCCAGCAACAGCCUCUUCCACUGCCGGGACGGGGGCAAGAACGGCUUCAUGGUGUCCCCCAUGAAGCCCCUGGAAAUCAAGACCCAAUGCACCGGGCCCCGGAUGGACCCCAAGAUCUGCCCUGCCGACCCCGCCUUCUUCUCCUUCAUCAACAGCAAUGACCUGUGGGUGGCCAACAUCGAGACAGGCGAGGAGCGGCGUCUGACCUUCUGCCACAGAGGCUCACCCAGCGUCCUCGAUGACCCCAGGUCUGCAGGCGUGGCCACCUUUGUCAUCCAGGAAGAAUUCGACAGGUUCACUGGCUACUGGUGGUGCCCUGCGGCCUCCUGGGAGGGUUCAGACGGCGGCAAGACGCUCCGGAUCCUGUACGAGGAGGUUGAUGAGUCCGAGGUGGAGAUCAUCCACGUGCCUUCACCCGCCCUAGAAGAAAGGAAGACAGACUCCUACCGAUACCCCAGGACAGGCAGCAAGAAUCCCAAGAUCGCCUUGAAGCUGGCCGAGUUUCAGACUGAUGGCCGGGGCAAGAUCGUGGCCACGCAGGAGAAGGAGCUGGUGCAGCCGUUCAGCACGCUCUUCCCCAGGGUGGAGUACAUCGCCAGGGCCGGGUGGACCCGGGACGGCAAGUACGCCUGGGCUAUGUUCCUGGACCGGCCCCAGCAGCGGCUUCAGCUCGUCCUGCUGCCCCCGGCCCUGUUCAUCCCUGUUACCGAGAACGCGGAGGAGCGGUUGGCCUUCGCCAGAGCAGUGCCCAGGAACGUCCAGCCGCACGUCGUGUAUGAGGAGGUCACCGAUGUGUGGAUCAACGUAAGGGUGGGGAGCUGCCGGGUUCAUGACAUCUUCUAUCCCUUCGCCCAGUCUGAGGGAGAGGAUGAGCUCUGCUUCAUUCGUGCCAACGAGUGCAAGACUGGCUUCUGCCACUUGUACAAGGUUACGGCCAUCUUAAAGCCCAGUGGCUACGACUGGAGCGAGCCUCUCAGCCCUGGGGAAGAUGAAUUUAAAUGCCCCAUCAAGGAGGAGAUCGCGCUGACUAGCGGUGAAUGGGAGGUUUUGGCAAGGCACGGCUCCAAGAUCUGGGUCAACGAGGAGACGAAGCUGGUGUACUUCCAAGGUACGAAGGACACGCCCCUGGAGCAGCACCUCUACGUGGUCAGCUACGAGACAGCGGGCGAGAUCGUGCGCCUCACCACCCCCGGCUUCUCCCACAGCUGCUCCAUGAGCCAGAACUUCGACAUGUUCAUCAGCCACUACAGCAGCGUGGGCACCCCGCCCUGCGUGCACGUCUAUAAGCUCAGCGGCCCCGACGAUGACCCUCUGCACAAGCAGCCCCACUUCUGGGCCAGCAUGAUGGAGGCGGCCAGCUGCCCCCCGGAUUACGUGCCCCCAGAAAUCUUCCAUUUCCACACGCGGUCAGACGUGCGGCUCUACGGCAUGAUCUACAAGCCCCACGCUGUGCAGCCUGGGAAGAAGCACCCCACGGUCCUCUUUGUGUACGGAGGCCCCCAGGUGCAGCUGGUGAAUAACUCCUUCAAAGGAAUCAAGUACUUGCGGCUCAACACGCUGGCGUCCCUGGGCUACGCUGUGGUUGUGAUCGAUGGCAGGGGCUCGUGUCAGCGAGGGCUUCGGUUCGAAGGGGCCCUGAAAAACCAAAUGGGCCAGGUGGAGAUCGAGGACCAGGUGGAGGGCUUGCAGUUUGUGGCCGAGAAGUACGGCUUCAUCGACCUGAGCCGAGUUGCCAUCCACGGGUGGUCGUACGGAGGCUUCCUCUCGCUCAUGGGGCUGAUCCAUAAGCCCCAAGUGUUCAAGGUGGCCAUCGCGGGCGCCCCGGUCACGGUGUGGAUGGCCUACGACACAGGCUACACCGAGCGCUACAUGGACGUCCCGGAGAACAACCAGCUGGGCUACGAGGCGGGUUCUGUAGCUCUGCACGUGGAGAAGCUGCCCAACGAGCCCAACCGCCUGCUCAUCCUGCACGGCUUCCUGGAUGAGAACGUGCACUUUUUCCACACAAACUUCCUCGUCUCCCAGCUGAUCCGGGCGGGAAAACCUUACCAGCUCCAGAUCUACCCCAACGAGAGACACAGCAUUCGCUGCCCUGAGUCCGGCGAGCACUACGAAGUCACACUGCUGCACUUUCUACAGGAACACCUCUGAGCCCUCGCCGCCGGCCGCACAUUCAGAGCACAAUGGCUUUGCCGCUGCCGCCACCCGGGAGCCAGCGGGAGGGCCCCAGUGGCCCCCGCAGCCCCACCCCCGGCGCGGCGCCCCCUCCC